ACGGCCUACUGCGUCUCCUGCUCGCAUUCGCAGCAGCAGCGGCAUUUGGUGAGCCGGUGCUUCCCCCAGGUCACUUGGCCGUUCUGCAGUCGGGCGUGCCGGGCGACAAACUGCAAGAACGCGCCUGCACCAUCCGCAUUCCCGCAUUCCACAUUCGUCAGCUCAUCGCUGGCAUACAUACUCCCUCCUCCUCGACAGCUUCUUCUUUCGUAAUGACCUGACGAUGCAAACCACGACCCUCACGACUACCAGAUCCCUUCUCGCCCCUCUCUCCUCUCACGGCUGCUUGUUGCCGUUGACAUAAACUACCCACAGCCAGGAUGCAGGCCGUGCCAAGCCUCGCGGCUACCGGCGCUGCGGCGGCCGCCGCCGCCGUUGGCUUGGCCUUUGGCCAACCGCCCGAGGCCGAAGCACCGUGGCCGAGCUCGGUUCACCACAGCUUCCCCGCCGACUACGACGGCUUCCGAGCCCGGCCAGCCCCUCUCCGUCCCGGCACAAGCGCCGCGCUCAUAUACCACCCGCCCACCUCGCCCGUGGAGGACUUCCCAUACGCCUCCUUCCGCCAACUCGCCGAACCAGCAACCCCAGUCAGCCCCCUCACGUCACACCCGACAGUCUCCACUAAUGUCCCACGCCCUCUCACUGGGGUUUCAGUCACAUCUCCGCAGUCUGACGGCAGAAGGCACUCGCUCCUACGCCAGGGCGACGUGGCAUGCCAGACAAUCGCUGAGAAUGCGCGCGAUUCGGUGUCGUCCAGGGAGUCUUGGAUACGGCGGCUGUCCCUCCGGCCACUGUCUCAGCAUGGGAGUCGGACAUCGAGCAUGGGCCCGGAUUCGUCGUCCGUGGCCUUCUCACACGGCUCCGGCGUUCCAAUGCUUGGCCAGUCGCCCACAUCCCAUCCCUCGCCGAAUAAGCUGGUCAAGAGAGCAACAUCUGGGCAGAAUGGACCAGUGGCGGGCCAUGCACGGCGAGGCUCCAAGUCGCAGGUUUUGACGCUCCGGCGGCCUGCUACAAGCCACCAGCGGUCUGCGACAUUGCAACAACAAUUUCAGCAGCAAGGGACUGCGUUGGCCGAACCGCUUUCGCCGGAUGCUAUGUAUCGCCUAGACAACUACGCCUUUUCGCCGACUUCCCCAAUGUCCCCCCCCUUUCCGAUAUCGUCGGAGCCGAGCCGACCCUCCAAAAAAUGGACGUCAUUCUUCCACUUCCGCCGCACAUCCUCAUCGGUGCGAGAGAUAUCUGGCCUUCCUCCGGGAACCUCGCCGUAUCACGGCCUAUUUCCGAGGCGGAGAGUGUCGUUGAACCCCCGUCAUGAUCUCCGCGCCUACCUCACGAAGCCGAGUGACGUCGACGCCGUAAUGGCGAAUAACUUCGGAGCAACGCACGAUCAUAUUGCGCCUGAAGGGAAGCAAGAAAGCUGUGAUCUCGCCCUCGACCCCUCUAGCCCAACCGACUCGAUAGGCGAUCGAGGAACAAAGCGGUCAUUGUCGAUGCAUUUCAGUUCAGCCAGCCAGUGGAUUGCACGGACCGGAAGCGUCCGACGCCCGAGACGGAGUACAAUCGAACCCUUGGCUGUGCCGCACGACCAAACUCCACCCCCCGCCCAACCGGGCCGCGAAGGAAUUCAUGCGCCACACGACCCUGAACAGCAACCUCGGCAGCAAGCGGAAUUUGAACUGAAGCCAGCCGAUCUCCCGCGCACUCGCAAGAGAAACUCGUCGUCGCCCUUGCCUCCCCUAAAUCGCCUGUCUAGUUUCAACAUAGACGUUACGCGCAUAGGGCUGGCCACGUCGUCCUCGGCAGCUACUUCGGGGUCCUUUCAUCGUCCCAUCAACUAUUCGCAGGCAUCUUCGGCCACCACUCACAGCCGAGGACCGUCAGGGGAGCGAUCUGUGACCCUUGCCGGCUCCGAUAGCGAGGCUCACGAGACGUUUUAUGGAGACGAUGGGGAUGCAGACUUCGGGAGCGACGCCAUGUACGACUCUUUCCGAACGGGGGCUUCCUCGAGCCGAGUGAGAUCUGUCGAGACACCGCUGGAGUCAAUGUUUGAUGACUCGCCUCCUAGCACCGCGAGCAACGGCAGAACGAAGCGGCUGUCCAUCCAGGAAAUGCUUGGGCGUUCUUGGGACGGCGAGACGAAGAUUACGGAAGAGGACGAGGGCGUUCCCACGCCAAUGAGAAGCACGCAUCCGGCGGAACCCCACGGUCUUGGGUCUCACGAUCGGAAACGAGAUCAUUUCGAGUUUGACACCGCACACAAAAUGCCGUUGGCUGACAGCGACUUGGGUCGCCUGUCAUUUGAUGAUGACGACGAUGAUGACUGGGCACGAGAUGACGAGAACACUCUGAGCAACCAUCUUUCACCGCCGAGCUCCACUAACUCCCGGCGCGUCAGCCCUACCUUGCGACAGGCCCUUAGGAACACCAGUGGCAACGGCUACCCCGAGUCCCAGCGGCAAAGCCUGGGCGACCGGCCGCGGAGUAACAUAUUUGAUUGGUCGGAACCAUCAGUUCACGACAAACACGACACUAAUCUGCCACGGCCGAAGACGGUGCACGGGAAACAGGAGCUGGACUUGAGGGGAGGCCGUUCCGUGAGCCGCAAGCCGCCCGGCGCAGCGCAUGUGCGGAGCCAGAGUGUCCCCGUCGUGCCGGACCCCUCCGAUGGCUCAAAAUUGCCACCAAAAUUUGGAACCUGGGGUCUAGGAACGAAGAAUUCCAGCGAGGAUUGGGACGAUGACUUCGAGUUCGAGGGGGACGAGUCUGUGGUUUGCUCGCCCGGAGGCAAGGACUCGGCUACCAGCUUCUCCAUGGUGGUCCCUGCUUCGAUUCAGGCGACACAGCCCAGCGUGAGGGCACAUUCCGGCCAGAUCCGCGAGCUCUCCUUACUGGUCAACGAUCUGAAACGGCUAUGUCGACAUGGCAAGGACCUCGACAUCUUGGAAGGACCGAUGGCAGUCAAGUGGGCGGAGGCGGAAAGCAUCAUUGCUCUGGCUUCGCCGGACGAGGAUGAGCCUGAGGACAUGAGCUCGAACAAGCCGUCGGUGGAACUGGAUCGAUCGAAGAUGGACGACCUGUUCUUGGAAGAGGGCUUCGACGGUCCGCUUCUUGACUUGUCUGACGACCCGUUUGGCAUUCCGGAGCCUGAGAUGUCUAAGACGGCGGUGGUACGGGAACGGCAUAGUCCCCGGCGGAGAUCGGUCUUCUCCCCCGAGGAUGACAUCUUCGGUAACUGGCCGCUGAUGGAAGGAAGUGCAACACCGGGACGGACACACGAACCCAGCAGGGGCUCUAGCCCGAGUAGGAACUCUGCAGUCAUCUCGAUGGUCAUUGAAGCCAUGAAGCAGGGGCAGAAAUCCGCAUCUCAGCGGGCCAAGAGCGCACCCGCCAGAACGCCGGGCGCGAAGCUGUUCUUCGACACCAACAGCCUCCAGGAAUUGGUCAAGCGAGCCGGUCAGCUCCGGGACAUGCUGUCGGAUGCGGUCCGCAAGGCCGAGCUGCUUACGCAGAGCCCCGCUGGCACGCCUCGCCGCGAGCGGCAUCUUCGCCACCAGAACCCUGACGGGAGCCCAGCGUUCACGCGAGUCUUCGCGGACCCCGCGUCGAGCCCGCCGAGACGACUGCCCAACAGCCGCAGCAGCAAUUCAAUCCUGAGCAGGACAUCUGUCGAGUCGCCGAGGAUGCAAAUGAUGACGGUUAGCUGAAACCACCCAGCUGCGGUUUCUCCUCCCGACAUCUAUCAACUACUAGUACCCCAAAUUUAAUAUCCUCAUCCGUCCAGCAAGCCCGUGAACGCGGGUUUCCUUUUUUUUCUUUC